UAUAUAGACAGUUACAUCUCAGAAUUCAGAAAUUAAAAUGACCCAUCACACACGCGUGCAGUGAAAGUAACGGUUCUGCCGUCGGUCAUCUUCCGACGAAAACUGACCGUCCAUCCGCCACCAGAUCUGAUCAUGCCGCCGCAAAUUGAACGGUUUCUGGUGUUGUAGGAGUAAUUUGAAUCCUAAAUGGCUUAUUAUUCGUUUGACGAGAGAAAUUUAUGGGGAUGGUUAUUGCUAUCAAUUGGAUCAAUUUUGUUUGUUGCUUACUUCUUUCUUGCUCUCUUUUCCAAGCUUCUUCCUCCUUCUCACAUUCCACUCAUCUCUUCCUUCCAAAAUGACUGGUACUACUGCUUCUUAGUGCCGUUGACUCUCCCUAUAAUUAUGGUUGCUGUGUACUUUCAUUGGCUCAGCAUGAAGAUGUUCAAACAUGCUUAACUUAUCUUCAUUCUCAUUUUGAAAGAACUUACAUGUAUUAUGUGAAAGAGCAAACGCAGUGGCUAUUGCGGCUUUUUGUGUUAACCCUGCAGGAUCAACAUUCUUCAAAUCAACGUAAGGAUCUGACUGUGUCAAUCCAACGAUCACAUCCUACUUUAAUGUAUGUUUGUUUUGCCUUGGAAUUUUUCAUGUGAGCUAUACCUUCAGUUCUCACCAUGUACUAUUUCUAAUGAAAGUAGUUAGUAGUUAUGUAUAUGAACUUAGUCCUUUUAGAAUAAAUAUAUGUUUGGGUGAUUUGAUUAAACGCAUAUUCAAUAAGUUCUCCUAGGAGUUUAUUUUUAA